UACGAUAUUGGAAUCCUGACGUAAGUAUUAAAGAGAGCAUCCUGGUCAUAACAGAUCACGUAUAAAUAGAGCAGUUGGACGUGCAAGAUUACUUUGUUCAUAAACAGUUAGUGACCCGGGCAUGAGGAUUAAUUAUAAAAUGUGUUAACGUCAGAGAAAGAGAGUAGUAAAAAAAUAAUGAGACUAUAUCAAAACGUAAGCAAUAUGCGGAUUAAAUAUAAACGACUGAAUAAAAUAGAAUUUAAUAUUUAUAUCAAUUUAGAAGGAGUAAAAUUGCAAAUUAAAGUCAAAAGUCCAUAUAAAGGUGCUGAUUUUGUUUUGCUUUUAAAAGAACAAUCAUCUCAUGAAGGAAUCAUUUUUAAUAUUUGUAUAAGAAUAACAGAUACGUAUAAAUAAAAAUAGAUAAUUUUAUAGAGGAAGAAAAGUGAGAAAAAAAAGAAGUUUGAAAAUGGAACUAGAAUAAUUAUAGCACUUUUGAAAUAAAUAAAGUUCUAAAAAAAUAACACGUUAAAACAAUUAAAGGGCCAUAUUCUAAGUAACCUCAUUUCAGUCAUCGACAAAAAAGAAACAAUUAUAACUGUCAUUUCUACUUCUGUUACUAAAGUAACUUAAGUAAAAACUGUGGACUUAAUUGACCGUGUUUGGAGAUGGUAUCUUCAGUUUGCAUACUGAUCUUCAAAGGAGUAUCACAAAGCAUUGUGGUGAAAUCGAUUGGAAAAGUAAAAACUUGACGAACGUUGAGUAAGAAAAACACAUUUUCAAGAUGGAAUCUAAUCAUGUGACAGAAAAUUCGACAAAUAACAAUUCGAAUGCGAAACCUGCAAAUAUGGGUAAACUUUCUCCCAGCAUGCAUAGUGCCAAGGAUAGGUGGGGUAAGCUGAAAACCACCAUGACGGUCACCAGUCAAAUUAAUAACAAAAAACAACGACGCUUAGACCGUGGUGAUUCCUUUUUGAGAAAGUUUUCAACAAGAAAUCAAGCAGAGCAUGACACUUCCGACGAAUAUGAAGAUGUCAGUACUUCCGGUUUUCAUCAUCCAAAACAUAAAACAUUAAAAUCAUGUGUGAUACAUCCCUCUGGCGGAUUAAUGUUCUACUGGCUAGGGGUGGUAACUCUAACAGUGUUGUACAAUCUCUGGACCUGUAUUGCGAGAGAAGCUUUCAGAGAGAUUCAGAAAGGAUACAUGGCUAUGUGGUUUUGUUUGGACGGAGUGAGUGACUGUAUAUAUUUGUGUGAUAUUUUUGUCCAGUUUCGUACCGGGUACUUACAACAAGGUUUGAUGGUCUAUGACUCCUCAAAGUUAUGCAAGAACUAUUUGAAAGACAAGUGUUUCAUUGUGGAUAUACUGUCUUUACUUCCACUGGAUUUCCUACAGUUCUACGCAGGUGUUCAUCCGAUGUUAAGGUUUCCAAGAUUUCUCAAAAUCUAUAGGUGUGUUCGAUUUAUGCAUAUGUACGAAUCUAGGACAGCGUAUCCGAAUUUACUGAGGGUAGCAAACCUCUCUCAUAUACUGUUCCUCGGAUCUCACUGGUUUGCUGCGUUCUAUUACCUCAUCUCCGAGGCCGAGGGAUUUGAGGGUGACUGGUCCUACCCGAAACCCGUCGGUCAUUACGCCGCUGUUACACGCAAGUACUUGGCAUCCUUGUAUUGGUCGACCUUGACCUUAACCACAAUUGGUGAUCUACCACCACCGGACACCAACUGGCAGGCAAUGAUGUCAUACGCCUCAUACGUGUUCGUGAUAGUCAGUUAUUUGAUUGGCGUGUUCAUCUUUGCUACGAUUGUAGGUCAAGUAGGCAAUGUCAUCACGAACAGAAAUGCCAGCAGACAGGAAUUUGAAAGAUUACUUGAUGGAGCCAAAUUUUACAUGCAGAUGCAUAAUGUCCCACCUGAUCUUCAGAAGCGUGUUCAGCGAUGGUAUGACUAUGUUUGGACAAGGGGUCGUCUCAACUGUAACGAUAUCAACUCUUUAGGUUUGUUACCAGAUAAACUCAAGACGGAACUUGCACUUCACGUGAAUCUUGGGACGCUCAAAAAGGUAACAAUAUUCCAAAAAUGUCGUCCAGAAUUUCUACACGAUCUGAUGUUAAAGAUGAGAGCAUACAUAUUUACUCCCGGAGACCUGAUUUGUCGUCGGGGAGAAGUCGCCAGAGAAAUGUUUAUAAUUGCCGACGGCGUCGUAGAAAUACUUGGGGACAACAAUACAGUUUUAACACAGAUGAGCACCGGUGAUUUCUUUGGGGAGAUAGGUAUCCUGAAUCUUGACGGAGGAAUCAACAGGAGAACAGCUGAUGUAAGAUCUGUCGGAUAUUCGGAGUUGUUUGUAUUGUCCAGAGAAGAUGUAUUAGAAGCUUUGAAGGACCAUCCGGAUGCCGAGGAGAUUUUAACACGCUAUGCACGUGUAAGGUUGGAUGAUUUGAUGUCCCAGAGGUCACCUACAUGCCAAGCUAAGCCGUCCCUCAGUUCUUCCAAUAACACUUACGCUAGUAUAGAGCAAUACGCGAAUCCAGCGUUCGUUAUCAGUGAGAGCAGUGCGGACGAGAGUGAUAAAGACACAUUAGAUGGUACACCUGUCUCCAAACCAUAUCUACCAAUACGCAAUCAUCUGUCACGUAAAAGUAGUCCGUGCAUUCUACCGAUACCAACAACGUUAGACGACAGGAGCGGAAGAAAGUUCAGUGCGCCUCCUCUUGAUCUUCCGAUAGAAGUACCGUCUUUCUCAAACUUCCGAGGUUUGUCAGGCAAUACGAAAGAAAUUUCCGUUACCCUCGACAGGUUUAAAUCUCAGAUAAUGCAAAGACUGGACAAUAUGGAGACAUCGAAUAAGGAAACCCAAUGUCGUUUACAAGAAACGCUGAUGCUUCAGGAGAAAAUGAUGAAAAACAUGUUGAAGAAAAUGACAUGUAAAGAUAAGCUGUUGGGUAAAGACGACGUCUCGAGUGUAAGGUCGGACACAAAUGAUAAUAAGUGUGCAAGGAGACAAGAAUCAAAAGCCAACGAAUUUUAUUUGAAACCUAGUCAAGCUACGUGUAGAAGUUCCUCUUAUUUAUCAGCUAGUUUGCCAUCUGCUUCCUAUCAUGACAACAAAAGUAUACCACAUACAGAAAGUGACCUGUCUUAUUCGAAAAGUUCUGAACAAGCUGAUUCCACCAAGUAUGACACGAAACAAACUUCAUUUAAAAAACAUGUGCGUAGAAUAAAGAAGAGCCAUAGUUUAGAUUCCGAAAAGACAAAAAGCGCUAGUGAAAGCGGAGAUGUUAUUUUAAAUAUCAGUGAAUUAAGGACAAACACUGAGCAAAGCGAAGAUGUCUAUGUUCACAAUAUAAACAAACUAUCAUCGUCAGAAAGCGAGGAUGAAUUUAUGGAUUACAAAGUUACACAUUUAUGAUAUGCUACAAUACGUUAAAGUAAAAUAUUUUUAUCGUUUUGAUUCUGUUAAAGGCGAAAGAGCUAAAUGGACAGUACGUAAAGCAAUCCUUCCUACUUACGAAAAAGACAUGGUGCACAAAAAAUGUUUUGGAAGUUCAUGUUUGCAAAGCAAUAAAGUUGUUGAACAAAUGAUAAGGGUUUAAAUCAAUACGCGACCACAUAAAUUAAAUUAUACUG